AUGCAACGACAUCGAUGCAACGACAUCGAUGCAACGACAUCUAUGCAACGACAUCGAUGCAACGACAUCGAUGCAACGACAUCGAUGCAACGACAUCGAUGCAACGACAUCGAUGCAACGACAUCGAUGCAACGACAUCGAUGCAACGACAUCGAUGCAACGACAUCGAUGCAACGACAUCGAUGCAACGACAUCGAUGCAACGACAUCGAUGCAACGACAUCGAUGCAACGACAUCUAUGCAACGACAUCGAUGCAACGACAUCGAUGCAACGACAUCGAUGCAACGACAUCGAUGCAACGACAUCGAUGCAACGACAUCGAUGCAACGACAUCGAUGCAACGACAUCUAUGCAACGACAUCGAUGCAACGACAUCGAUGCAACGACAUCGAUGCAACGACAUCUAUGCAACGACAUCGAUGCAACGACAUCGAUGCAACAACAUCUAUGCAACGACAUCAAUGCAACGACAUCAAUGCAACGACAUCAAUGCAACGACAUCGAUGCAACGACAUCGAUGCAACGACAUCUGUGCAACGACAUCUGUGCAACGACAUCUGUGCAACGACAUCUGUGCAACGACAUCGAUGCAACGACAUCGAUGCAACGACAUCGAUGCAACGACAUCUGUGCAACGACAUCUGUGCAACGACAUCUAUGCAACGACAUCUAUGCAACGACAUCUAUGCAACGACAUCUAUGCAACGACAUCUAUGCAACGACAUCUAUGCAACGACAUCUAUGCAACGACAUCUACGCAACGACAUCAAUGCAACGACAUCUAUGCAACGACAUCUAUGCAACGACAUCGAUGCAACGACAUCUAUGCAACGACAUCUAUGCAAUCGUACACCUAA